GAUAUGCGUAAUCCAAUCAGAUUUAACUUUCGUCGUCUCUCUUGCUAAAAAAUCAUAUGAUCGAGAGUCGAAUAAUUUGUCUAUUUCACAACUUAUUAAAGAAAUUUUUUUUAACCCGUUUAAAUUAUUUAUAAAUCAACUGAGUAAAAUGGGCGCUGCAGCUUUACCUCUAAUAUUAUUUACGGUAUUCUGGAUAAUUGUAGGAGGGGCGGUUCCGUGGUUCGUAUCUAAAAGCGAAAAUAGAGGGUAAGUUACGUUAUUUUUUUUUUUCAGUUGGUUGUGUACCUAUAUGAUGCAGAUGAAUCCUCUCUUUGGACCACAGUUAAGUGGAACAGUUUUGACUCUAAUGUAUAAUGAAUGGCGUUGAAAACUUUAUUUAUACAAUAGCCAGUGAAAAUUAAAGACCAAAAGACUUGUUUUAUUAAAAAAAGAACACUUCAUACUUCAAGAAAUAUUUAUAUAUAUACACAGAUACGUGUAAAUAUGAUUUAUGUAUAUUAUAUGAUAGAAUGUAAGCAUGUAAAAAUGAAAGUGUAAUCAGUAUAUUUAAUGUUUUAAAUUGAGGUGCAUUUUUGUUACAUACUUCAAAUAAAUGUUACUUAUUUGAAGAGUCAAAUAAAUGAAUAAACAUAACUUGUUAAUUUAAAUAAAGUAAAUAUUUACAUCAAAUACAUCUAAACAUCUAUAAAAAUGUUUCUGUAUUGAAAUAAUCCAGUGUGAAGUAUUGUACACUGUAUUAGAAUAAAAUAUUCAAUAAAUAA